GAAAAUAGAGAAUUUUUUCAAACCUAAAACUUGAAAACAGUUGAUUUUUUUUUUUUUUUUUAAUUUUCCACGAUAUGGAUGAAGUGAUGAUAAAAGAUGCUUUGAAAUUCUUCGUCGUCGUCGUCUUCUUCUUCUUCUGAACCCAAUAAAACUUAGCUCUUAAAGAAUUUUCCUCGAAAUUCCAUCUACACAGAAGAAGCAAGAGAAAAUACCCAUAAGAACGAGUUCCCUCUUCUUGAAAUGCUUCUCUUCAAUUAUAAUCUUAACUAUUUUCUCACUCAUUUACCCAUAAAACCCACAAAUCUUUACUCUCAUUCUCUCAAAAUUUGAAGUCUUUCCCAUGAAACUUUCCAAGUGCCUCGUCUUUUUUCCCGACCCAUAACAAAACCCAGUUGCCCUUCUUCAGUCAACUGGUUGUUCAUUAAAUUCCGCUAUGGAUUUUGAUGAUUUACACCCCAAAGACUGCUGUUUGAUCGGUAACUAUAUAUUGGAGCGCAGAAUCGGGUCGGGUUCGUUCGCCGUAGUGUGGAAGUCAAGGCAUAGGCACUUGGGUACGGUUUUUGCUGUUAAGGAGAUUCAUAAGAAGAAGCUUCUUCCCAAAGUUAGUGACAGUUUGCUCAGAGAGAUUUCUAUACUCAGAACUGUCAAUCACCCCAAUAUCAUUCAUCUCUUUGAAGCCAUUCAGACUGAUGAUAGCAUUUAUCUUAUACUUGAGUAUUGUGCUGGUGGUGACCUCUGGGACUAUAUUAAUCGCCAUGGAAAAGUAUCCGAAGCAGUUGCUAGAGACUUGAUGAGACAAUUGGUGAGGUUGAUUUGUGUGAUGGAUAUGGCAGCUUCUGGCUUGAAAGUUCUUCAAGAGAAACAUCUCAUUCAUAGAGAUUUAAAGCCUCAGAACUUGCUGUUGUCUUCUAAAGAAGGGAUUCCGCUGUUGAAGAUUGGAGAUUUUGGAUUUGCAAGGUCCUUAGCAAAUCAGGCAUUGGCCGAUACACUUUGUGGUUCACCUUUGUAUAUGGCUCCGGAAAUUAUGAACAACCAAAAAUAUGAUGCCAAGGCUGAUUUAUGGAGUGUGGGAGCAAUUUUGUUUCAGCUAUUGACAGGGAAGCUUCCAUUUACUGGCAGUCAUCCAGCUCAGCUCUUCAAGAAUAUCACUGAAUCCACUGAGCUAAAGUUUCCUAAAGGUGCCUUGGAAGAGCUACAUCCUGACUCUGUGAAUCUUUGCAGAAGCCUUUUACGUCAAAAUCCAGGUAUUUGUUGCUGCGAUGCAGUUUGUAAGUGUGCAAGGGUGCUGGGACAAUUAACUGGAGGUGGCGGAUUUAUGUUUUCCCCCUAUAGCUUUCGAACAUUUUGGAGAUUUUGUACUAUCGAACGGCUUUCAUUCAAGGAGUUCUUCAAUCACAAAUUCUUUCAGGAGCCAAGAUCAAAUAAAGCUGUUGAGACAACACCUGUUGUUCAGUCAUUGGAAUCAGCCAGCUCAGAAGCAGAAAAGGUUGAGUCCCACUUAGAACAACCUAUUGAGUCAUCGAACAGAGAUUCAGAAACCAGUAGUUCAACCGUAUGUAACAGAACAUCCAGAGGGAAGAACAUUGGCAGUUCGGUCAGGGAACAACUUAUUGAGCCAUCUAACAAAGAUGCAGAGAUCACUAGUUCAUCCGUACCUAGCAGCAAAUCCAAAGGGAAGAACAUUUGCAGUUUGGUGAGGGAACAACCUAUUGAGCCAAUUCUCAAUCGUGGAGUAGAUGAGCUAAAAUCUCUUGAUUGUAUUCAACAAUCCCUGAAUCAGAUUGGAGUUUCUGAUUCAAUGGAUUCAAUUGAGAAAGAUUAUGUUCUCGUGAAUGCUCAUUGUCCUUCAAUGGAGACCUCUUCUUAUCACCUUGAAACAUCAUUACAAGGUUCAUUGAGAGUUUCCCAUGCUUUUAUUAUCGAUCAGGAUACGAUAGCCAAAACCCAGAAAAAGGAACUUAUUGCUAGUACAAGAGAUAUUGGAGAAAGCUCAAGGAGUCGAGAUCAAUUCUCAAUGGCACGUGCAGCAUCUAUGUUAAGAGAAGUACAAGGACUAUCCAUAUUGCAUCCCUCUACCAGGCUCCAGUUAUUUAAUCAGUAUCUCCAUGUUCUUUCAGAUUUGUCACAAGAAAAGUGUAAUGCAGGGAUGUUUUUGGAAUCAUUUUCAGUUGAACUGGUUGCUUUAGCUUUAUGGAAGGAAGCCGUUGAAAUUAGUGGUGCUUGGCUGAGUUCUUCUGAUGAACGCAAAUCGUCAGAAAGUAGUUUGGGAAUAGAUUCUACAACUCUUCAGAAAGAUGCUGACGACGCUGCAAAUGAGGAAGGAAAUGUAGAUUUUAAUAGACCGUCAUCUGUUUCUAAGUGGGCACAGCUAGGGUUUAUUGCUGCAGUGGACCGAACUGAGAAGUUAUCGCAAAAUAUCCAAGAGAUCGAUGGUGCAACUGUCAUACCUGAUGCUAUGGAAAUUAUAUUCCAAAAGGCAAUUUCCCUUGGGAAAUCUGGUGCUGUAGAUCAAUACAUGGAAAACAAGGACAAUGCUGCUGCUUCAUAUUCCAAAGCCAUUCUUCUAUUUUCAUUCAUUUUGGGAGAAGCUGAAUCCCUUAACUCUCCAUUUUCGCUUACUUCGUGCAAUAAGCAACGAAUUCAACAUUACAUUCAUUACCUGCAGACUCAGACUAACUUGUUAUCGCCGUAGCUGUUGCGAAAGCAAUUGGAAGGUUCUCCCUCGACAAGUAAAUGAAAGGGAAGUCCUUAACUGGGUAAAUUGUACAGUUCUACAUAUUUACUUCUGUGACUCCAACUUUCUGUUGGAUUUGGAACUGUUGGCUGAUCUCCUAUCAGCUUUGGAAAUUAUGUCAAUAUAUUUUCUUUUUCUUUUUCUAUUUUGGGGUUUUAUUUGCCCCUCUCUUUAGGAGGUUAGGUUCUCAAACAUGAGAGUAAAUAUUUAUACAAAAAAGAAAAAAAAAAGUCACAUGGAUACAAACAAUAGUAGGAGUGAGGGAUUUGAGUUCAGAGGGCUACUUUAAAUCGAGAGUCAAUUGAACUAUCAUGAACUUUGUUGCUUUUAUUAGGUGGAGUUUUGUGCAUACAAUAGUUUAUUUUUUAUCUUAAGGAUUGUAAAUAUUGAAUCGAGCUCUGUAAAUAUGAUUACUUCUGCUGGUAAUUCUUUAA